CAGCUAGCGUUUGGCGACGUGUACCGGUGUGUGGAAGUGUUCAGGUGUCUCACCUCUGCUGGCCAACAAGCUGCCAUUAAAACCUAAACAGCCUUAAAAGAGCGAAAGCAUGGGAGGUGCGCAGAGUGUGGAGAUACCGGGAGGAGGCUCCGAAGGCUACCACGUCCUCCGGGUUCAGGAGAACUCUCCUGGACACCGUGCCGGACUGGAGCCUUUCUUUGACUUCAUUGUCUCCAUCAACAACACCAGACUGAACAAAGACAACGACACCUUGAAAGACUUGCUGAAAGCCAGUGUGGAAAAACCAGUUAAGAUGCUGGUUUACUCCUCAAAGACCCUGGAGCUGCGGGAGUCUACGGUCACCCCCAGCAACCUGUGGGGCGGCCAGGGCUUGCUCGGCGUCUCUAUUCGUUUCUGCAGCUUUGAGGGAGCCAAUGAGAAUGUUUGGCAUGUGCUGGAAGUGGAGCCGAAUUCUCCAGCAGCUCUUGCAGGCUUGCGGCCGCACACUGACUACAUCAUUGGAGCAGACACUGUUAUGAAUGAGUCAGAGGACCUUUUCUCUCUGAUAGAGAGCCACGAGGGGAAAGGCCUGAAGCUCUAUGUGUACAACACAGACACUGAUAACUGCAGAGAAGUGAUCAUCACACCUAACAGUGCCUGGGGAGGAGAGGGCAGUCUUGGAUGUGGGAUUGGCUACGGGUACCUCCACAGGAUUCCCACCAGGCCUUUUGAGGAGGGGAAGAAGAUCAGCUUCCCUGGAAACUCUCCCAGUGAGCCCAUCAGUCCGCUGAAGGAUGGAUUCACUGAGGUCCAGCUCUCAGCAGUGACCCCUCCUCCUAAUGCACCUGCUGUCCCUACCGGCCUCGAAGAUUCACUGUCAGGCCUGUCAAUCAGCACAGCUCCGCCCACCAUGCCCAGAGAGCUGCAGACAGGUUUGCCUACAGUCCCUCUGCUCCCCUCCUCCACCAGCCCCGCCCUCAGCCCACUCACUCCACUGAAUCCUGCCACCACCGGCUUCAACCCGGCCUCCACGCUACCAGGUCUGAUGCCCCUCCCAGGUGGAUUACCUCCGCUCCCUAACUUACCCAACCUCAACCUGCCUCUCCCAGACCUCAGUGCCAUGUCACUAGCAGGCGGCACCUUACCACCAGUAGGAUCUACAGUCCCCCCUCUGGCCUCUCUCCCGCCCCUCAACAUCCCAGGUCUGGCCCCCUUACCACCUCUCCCCACCAUGCUGCCCUCCCAGCUGCCCCCUCUGCUCCCUCAGGGAGUAAUCCCCAUCCUCCCCGCCUCCACCGCCGCUCCGACAGCCUCGGUCACGGUCACAGCGGCGCCUGCGACCAAGCCCGCCGCUGCUGCCGAGCCCACAGUCCCCACAGAAGCGGCCUCCACGAACGCCACGGAAUCACCGGCCCAGACGGAAACAACACUAACGUCGUAACCAGGGAAACGAAGAUCCCGCUUGCCAUCAAACCAAAACGCACACCCGGUUUCUCUCUUUCUUCCCAGUCUGUCUUUCUCUGUGUUUUUCUAUUUAUUUGGCCAAGAGGGACAGACAGCUGCACCAGUUCAGACACAGAGGUCGGCGUGCUCCAGGUAUGGGUGAGGAAGCUUGUGUGCAGCGAUAAAGGAUGAAUGGAGGACGGCUGUAGACCGGUCUUACCAACAUGUCUUUAUUACCAGAUUGUCUCGGAGCUCGUCCAACCCCCUGUAGGAGGAGGAUGAGGUCUACUCUUCGGUUUGUGGUUUGCUUCGCACUUCUGCAGUUACAACAAGGCAAAGAACUCUUAGGAAUCCCCCCUUUUCUGAUCUGGCAAGCCUCUCUGUUUCACACUCAUGUAUUUCUUAUUUUAUAUGGACAGUAUAUGUUAAUGGGGCUGGACAAUAAAUCAAACGUACUGAAUUAAUAUCAUCAUAAAUAACCAACAUCAUCUAACUGUAAGUAGAGCUCACAGUCCAGUCCUGAUAUCAGAAGUGGGCCAAAACAAACAUCAAAUCCUGCUGUAUUAAGACAUAGGUAAACAUUAAAGGUAAAUAUGAAUGCAUCAUGUUACAGAUUUUUUUUGUGUUAUUGUCCAGCCCUAACAUGUAGCCUUUUAUUAUUAGUUAAUAGAAUCCCUGACCAAUAGAGUAAUUUGAUUGACAUGUAUUAAUUUUUGUUGAAAUUGCUGUACGUCUCCACCCAAUGAAUGAAUCUGCAUUAUUUUGCACCA